GAGAUGAGCCUCAAUUGCUCCCUGUGGCAGGAAAACAGCUUGUCUGUCAAACGUUUCACAUUUGCCAAAUUCUCCGAGGUCACAGAACAAUGUUUCCUUCUCUUCACCCUCAUCCUCCUCAUGUUCCUAGCAUCCCUGACGGGCAAUGCGCUCAUAGCGCUUGCCAUCUGCACCAACCCAGCGCUGCACACCCCCAUGUACUUCUUCCUGGCCAACCUGUCUCUCCUGGAGAUCGGCUACACGUGCUCUGUCAUUCCCAAGAUGCUGCAGAGCCUCGUGAGUGAGGCUCGGGGAAUCUCUCGGGAGGGCUGUGCCACUCAGAUGUUCUUCUUUACCUUCUUCGGUAUCACUGAGUGCUGCCUUUUGGCGGCCAUGGCUUUCGACCGCUACAUGGCCAUCUGCUCCCCACUCCACUAUGCCACACGGAUGAGUCGUGGGGUGUGUGCCCACUUGGCGAUGGUUUCUUGGGGGAUGGGAUGCAUAGUGGGCUUGGGCCAGACCAAUUAUAUUUUCUCCUUGGACUUCUGUGGCCCCUGUGAGAUUGACCAUUUCUUCUGUGACCUCCCCCCUAUCCUGGCGCUGGCCUGUGGAGACACAUCCCACAACGAGGUGGCCAUGUUUGUGGCGGCAGUCCUUUGCAUUUCCAGCCCAUUUGUGUUGAUCCUUGCUUCCUAUGCGAGGAUUCUGGCUGCAGUGCUGGUCAUGCCCUCACCUGAGGGCCGCCACAAAGCUCUCUCCACCUGUUCCUCCCACCUACUGGUGGUAACACUUUUGUUUGGCUCAGCAUCAGUCACCUACUUGAGGCCCAAGGCUAGUCACUCACCAGGAAUUGAUAAACUCCUCGCCCUCUUCUACACAGCGGUGACGUCCAUGCUAAAUCCCAUCAUCUAUAGUUUGCGGAAUAAGGAAGUGAAGGCAGCCCUGCGGAGAACUCUGGGCAAGAAACUGGUUUUAAAGACCCAAAUCCUUUCAUUUCAGAACUGCAAACUAUUAAAAUGA